UUUGCGAUGACUUCAUCUCUGGUGUGGAUGACGUCAAAUUCAAGAUGGAUGGAAUCGCGACCAGUGGGUAGAAAUUCACGGAAUAUCGCUGGAUCGAGGCUCGGCGGUGAGGAGGGGAGAGCGGACCAACGACGGCAGGCCAUGGAGAGCCUUGUACAUUACAGCAACCCGUCUCACGCUGUCUCUGUGUUAGGACUUCUCAAUGAGCAGCGCCUCCAGGCCCAGAUGUGUGACAUAAUUCUGCUGGUGGGUGAUCAGAAGUACCAUGCCCAUAAGAGCAUCCUCGCUGCCAACAGUGAAUAUUUCCACGCUCUCUUCUCGCCGAGCGAGGCAGAGCCACUCGGCCUGGUGAAUCUGGACUUCUGCGAACCAGAAGCCUUUGAGAUUGUUCUGAAUUACAUCUACUCCUCCUCACUGUUUGUGGACAAAGGCAGUCUGGCAGCGGUGCAGGAGCUGGGCUACAGCCUCGGGAUCCCCUUCCUUACCAAUAUUUUAUCAACAAGACCAAAUGCCUCCUACAGUGUGUCCAGAAAAAGACUUUCAUUCACCGAAGGGGAUGACAACGACUCCCAGUCUAGAAGUGUCAUCAUGUGUCGUGUUCGCAAUGACACGUCCUAUCCUUUACAAAGUUAUCUAAGAAAAGCCCCAGAGAGACCCUCGGCUCAUCCCACCGCCAGGGAGUUAGCUAAAUCUCCACAGCAUUUCUCCACUGGGUCAGUCAGGAACUCUGAAUCUAUCCCUGUCAAGGCGAGUGAGGAGUCUGAAAGGAGGCCCAGCUAUCCGUACGCCUCCAUUUUAAAGGGAAGAAGCUCUCGCAUUUCAUCGAUUCGACCCCAGCUCACUUCCUCUGUCUCAUUUAGUGAUGCAGAUGUUCAACCUAUCACUCAGCAACUGGCCAAAAACCAGGAUCUGAAAGGUGACCACCAGGGGGAGGAAGUCCAGUAUGAUACCAAAGAGCCCGGUCAAGGUCAGGCCUGUGAGCAGAGCCAAGCUAUCGACAGGAGCGGGCCACUUAUCAAAAGUCUUUUGCGACGGUCUUUAUCCAUGGACAGCCCAGUUCCGGUCUUCUCACCGACGUUAGAGUUGAAGGAGCUGCAAAACCGCGAGCAGUCCGUCGUCAAACUAGCAGGGUCUGAAACACAAAAUGGAAACUCGCAGAGAAUGUCUUCUCUAAUUCUCAGGACAAACUGCUCGGCCAAGUGUGAUUCCGAAACUCAGGUAGAGAAGGAGUUGUGUGUGAAGAACGAGCCCAGCAGUCCCCUUGCCGACCCCAUGGACAUCAUCCGACUCACGGUAUCAGAUGCCCUGCCCGUUAACUUUAAAGAUCUGCAAACCAAUUUCGAUCCGGCAUCCCGGCAAGACGUCAAUUCCGUUUUGAAACGCAGAGACAGGCCAGACAACAGGAGGUACCCGUUCAAGAAGAGUAAAAUAUUUAAGGAGCGUGUUCUCCCCCAAGAAGAGAGCGUGCCGGAGAUAGUACCUCAGAGUGCCGCCACUGAAAUCAACGAGGACGGGGAGGAGCAGCCUCACAACAAGACUUUUAAAUGCUGGAGCUGUUUGAAGGUUUUCAGGUCCAGAGCCGGACUUCACCGGCAUGUAAACAUGUAUCACAAUCCGGAAAAGCCCUACGCCUGCGAGAUCUGCCACAAACGCUUCCACACCAACUUCAAAGUGUGGACUCACUGCCAAACUCAGCAUGGCGUGGUGCAGAACCCGGCGUCCUCCUCCAGCUCCUCCGUGCUGGAUGAAAAAUUCCAAAAGAAGCUGAUAGAUAUGGUCAGAGAGAGAGAAAUCAAGAAAGCCUUGCUGUGGAAGCUGAAGCGGAAUAAGCAGGGUUUGCAAUCCCCGUUGCUGAAUAAGAAGCGUUUGCGGCCCACCUUCAUAUGUCCGUACUGUGGGAAAGUCUUUGUGUUUCAGUCUCAGUACCGUCAACAUUUAAGGACGCAUCCUGUUGACGCAGCCGACAAGGACACAGCGGGGGAUGAUAUCCUCUACCAGGAACAGGAUGAUGUCAUUCAGCAGAAGAACAGGGAGGAUGAAGGUGUUUAUUCCUGCCGACUGUGCAACAUGAAACUGGCCUCGCUGUUCGAGCAGAGCGACCACGAGCGGGGCUGUCGGCAUGCCACGGUUUGCCCUUACUGCGGCCUCCGAUUUUCAAGCCCUGUGGUCAAGAAGGACCACGAGUUGCACUGCAAGUACAAGAAGCUGACUUGCCUGGAAUGCAUGCGGACUUUCAAGUCGUCUUUCAGUAUUUGGCGCCACCAGGUGGAGGUCCACAAUCAUGACAUGAUGAACAUGAAAGAGCAAUUUCAUUUGCGGCAGCACGAGCACAGUGAGGAAGAUUCCGAGUUGCUCAGGGAAGAGAGUUACAGGCAGGAGCACCUGGCAACGGGAGCCUCAAGUGAGAACAGCUACAAUGACUCGGGAUGUCCCCCCAUGUACGAUUCAGAGGACUCCUCGUCCUACGUGCCUGAGGACCUGAGCAUCGGCCACUACGGCAAACUGGUGGUGAAGGAGGAGCCUCUCGAGGAGGCUGUGUGUGAGCAUGAGAACGCAGAUGCUGCUAACAUGGGCUUGGAUGAACCGGGAGUUUGGCCCUGCGAGAAAUGCGGGAAUCUUUUCAGCUCCCGGAAAGACCUAGAGAGACACCAAGAGCUGCUCUGCCACAUCAAACCAUUCAUCUGUCACAUCUGCAACAAAGCCUUCAGGACCAACUUCCGCCUUUGGAGCCACUUCCAGUCACACGUAUCUUCAAACGACCCUGGAGCCAAAGAGAUUGAGGGAUCGGCCAGGUCUCCAUCCCCUCCAACGAUCCCGCAGAACCCGGAGAAAGGUUUUCCUCAGUCGACGGUGCUCAAGUCCACCACAGUUUUGUCAGAUCCUCCCACGACGAGCGACGUGUCCAGCAGUCCGGAGCCCUGUGGCUCAUCCAUUAACCACAGCAAGAACCCCGAACCUGAGCAGCGCACCAGCAGCCGCAGCCCGCUGUCCAGGGCCAACAGCACCGACAACCCGCCGUCUGAGUCGGACAACCUGUUCUACCACGCGUCCUCUCUCUCUGCCUUGGCCUUCAAGAGGCAGUACAUGUGCAAACUCUGCCACAGGACCUUCAAGUCAGCCUUCAGUCUUUGGAGCCACGAGCAGAGCCACAACCACAUGUGAUCUUUAGAUGCUUGCGCUGCUCAUGGUGGGGAAGAGACGCCACAUCUAAGCACAGGAAGACUUUGAAUGUACAGUCAAACCGGUCGCCAAAUGCCGGCGUCAUCUCUUGGCCAUUUAAAUGAGUGGUACACAUGAAUGUGUAUGUUAAGUGCUAUAAUUUACAGAUUGUUUCCCCAAAAGAUUCUUUCUUGUUGACUUUUGUUUAUGGGCGAGAUUUAUUUGAUUUACACUUGUACGCAGUUGCAUAAAAAAAAGCACACACAAACUCUUGGGUCUUUUUGUGUACAAUGUGCUUGGCCACAUCCACAACACAUUGAUAGUUUGGCUUUGUCAGAUCCCAGCGUUGUAUUUUCACUUAGUCUGAAAUGUUGACAAUCAUUUUGCUCGCUGUUCUCAAGAGAUCUUCUUUAAGCUGACCAAGCCUCAAGCAUUUCAAAUCCCGCCUCCAGAUCGGUGUGGGAUCAACCCUGCGUUGCUCAGUCAACAGUAGGGGUCUGAGGAUGUGUACAGUUUUAUUUCAUUGAUAGCUGUCAGGAAACUAUUGAGGUUGAUCACAAGUUUCAGGUCAAAUAUCAAUAAAUAUGUUAUAGACCACCUCUGUAUUCUGAUAGCGCCCAAAACGUACACACAUUUAUAUCUCAGGUAUCCGGCUCCAGCGUAAACCGAGUAGUAAGUCAAGAGUGGCAUGUAAGAAUAAACAUCCUUUACUGUAAGUAUAGAUGUUGAAGACAAGCGUCAUCGUAUAUAAGUAAAGUGCUCGGUUUGAUAGUAAUAAAUGUUGUAAUAAACUAGUAAUUAUCGCCCCUUCAUUCUCACUUAAUCCCGUACAGUUUAAGUGUUUGGCACAAUGACAUUAAAUGGUCACUUUUUGGGAAAUAUUUAUCGAUGUAAAUUGUGGCUUCAGAUCAAAAAUGAUGCUUCACUAUAUUUUUGGGUGUAAACAAAGCGACAGCAGUGGAAGUGUUCUGUAAAUAGUCCUUCCUUUGAUUGGUGCAGUUAAACAUAAUCGGUUAAUAACAGAGCUUUAUUGUCAUAAGUAGGCCUUAUUCUACUUGUUUGUACAUAUGAAAACAAGUCAAAGCCAACUGUCAGAAUGGGCAUUUUGAGAUAUAAGAGGGCAAAUUGCAGGAACUAAAACACAGUUGAUCCGUUUCUUGCUUCUAUCUAUUGGUCUAGCUUGAAAUGACUUGUGUUUUGAUUGUAUUCAAUUUGUUUAAGUCAUAUUAUAUUGCAAAUAUGUUCUGCUUUGGCUUCAUAGGUUAGAAACUUGUAUUCAGUUCAUUCGAUAAUUCAAACCUCCAUUUAUGCGUGUUGAGUUGCCACCACAUGAGCAGUUCUUCAUGAAAACUCUAUGGGAUAUAGUGCUCUUCAUUUCCUGUGAGAAAUGCUUUGGACGAGUUUUAUUGAGAUAUUUAGACUUGUGUUUAUAGAAGUGUUUGUAUGCUGAAUUUUGUACCAUUUUUGUUAGUUGAGAAAGCCUUUUAGUAUUCCCGUGCUCAGCCUAAAACAAUAGAUAUUUAUAUUGGCAUUAGUUGCCUGAUUGUUGCUUUUGGAGAUUUGCAGUUGUUUGUGUCUAGGUUUUUAUACUGUUUUGUGAGAAAACAUAAUAAAACAUACAGAUGGAGGAUGUUUUUGAUCACUUGUGAUGUGUUGGUGGGUCU